CUUACCAGAAAUACGAUCAUCAUCGAAUCGUGCAUGACAUCGCCAUCCAGGAUUACAUAUACAUAUACAUGUCAUGACUACAGUUCCAAUCUUGAAUUCUACUUCCUCGGUCGAUGAGCUUUGGGAUUCGGUCCCUUGGCAGGAGUAUCACCCCUCGUCAUCAUCAUCAGCAGCAGCAUCAUCGACAUCAUCGGCGGCGGCACCAUCGCCGUCUUCACAUCACAUAUGGCAUAAGCACCAGAUUCCAUACUUAUCCGGAGCGAACGCCUUACAACAUCUCGACAUUUGGAUUCCGGUCGCCCAGAAUUGCAGUCCACCAGAAAAUCUAUGUUCGUUACAAGGAACAUGGGCAAUCUACAUUCACGGCGGAGCAUGGCGUGACCCCGCCGUGACAUCCUCAUCUUUCAUUCCUACACUAGAGCAUUUAUUCAAAUCUCACGAAUCGAUUUUAUCCAAAGUCGCGGGCUUUGCAUCGAUCAGUUAUACAUUAUCGCCAUAUCCAAACCAUCCUACAGAUCCGUCACCGCCGAAAGAUCCCUCCGUCCCUGUUGACAACAGUCGCAUGGGUCGGCAUCCGGAUCAUAUCCUCGACGUGUUACGCGCAUUGAGGUUCUUGCAAGUCAAGGCGGGAUUUGGUGAUGAUUAUGUCUUGUUGGGACAUAGUUGUGGAGCAACGUUGGCAUUUCAGGUUCUGGAAGAUCAGGCAAGGUGGGGUAUUGAGGCCAGCCGGUUGGGUGUAAUAAAGCCGAAGAAAAUCAUCGGGUUGAGUGGACUAUAUGAUCUCCCCGCUUUGAUCAGAGAUCCGGGUGAGAAGCAUGCGGCCUGGAAGUGGAUAUAUGAAGAGCUCACCAGGGGAGCUUUCGGUGGUGAUGAGAAGACCUGGUACGACGCCAGUCCUGCUUCGGUGAAGGGCCGAGUGGAAGAGUGGGGACGGAAUGACGGUCAGGUAUUUCUGGUCCAGAGUAAGGAAGACUCGUUGGUCCCGUAUCGACAAAUGGAGGAUUUCCUGCGGAGCUGGCAGAGCUCUAGAGCGUCAGGUGUUCAAGUCACUGAACUACCAGCAUCUGGUGAUCAUGAUGAAUUAUGGGAGAAGGGUGAUCGCAUAGCGGAGAUUGUGGUCGAGGUUUUGCUACAAGAGCGAUAAGUCUGAGAUCAUGGUACAUCCCACACUAGAUCUGUGUCAAAGUUGAAGUUCUCAGAAACCUGCAUGGCGAAAUUGUCCCAGCCAAAUAUGCCAAAGUCAAAGUCACCACCGCCAUCGACAGGUAGUUGAUUUGGAUCAAAGACAAAUGAUUGCUGGAAAUCGGCAGUCUCGUCCAGGUCACGCAAAUUUUCUGGUAGUAUUGAC